AUGGUGGAACUCCAACAAAACGGGGAGGCAGCUCAGCCUGCGGCGAACAUCGAGCAGCAAUUGAACACAUACGUCGAACAGUAUGUCGCAAAGAACCAGGGCUCGCUGCAAGUCAACAAGACAGCCUCAGGGUCGCUACCUGGGGGUACAACUAGAUCCGUGCUGCAUUACCUGCCUUUCCCAUUGGCUUUCUCCGGAGGCCACGACUGUCACCUGAUAUCCGUGGACGGCGCCGAGUACCUCGACUUCGUGUCCGAAUAUUGCGCCGGUAUGUUCGGCCACUCUCACCCAGACAUCAUCGCUGCGAUCAACAGCGUUACCAAGUCGGGAUUCACUCUGGGCGGGCCGAGUCCCAAGGAGGGCGAAUUGGCUGCCCUAUUGGCUGAGAGAUUCCAGAGCGUCGAUGCCAUCAGGUUUUGCAAUUCGGGAACUGAAGCGAACACCAUGGCGAUUGGUACGGCGUUGCAUUUCAUUGGAAGAAAGAAGGAAGGCUCUUUCACGCCCAACAACCCGCUGAUUCUUCCCCACGAUUUCGCGUACGGCCGAUACAACGACAUUGAGUAUACCCGAUCGCAAAUCAGCGACGAUAUCGGCAUCAUCAUUGUGGAACCGAUGCAAGGCGCAGCGGGAAUGCUUGAGGGGUCAAAAGAGUUCCUCCAGUUCCUCCGCGACGAAGCCACGCGCAUCGGCGCCAUCCUCAUCUUUGACGAGGUCAUCACCUCGCGACUCAACUACGGCGGCUUGCAAGACAUCUACGGCAUCACGCCGGACAUGACCACCGUCGGCAAGCACUUCGGCGGGGGCUUCUCGUUUGGCGCGUUUGGUGGGCGCAAGGACAUCAUGGACCUGUACGACCCACAGGGACCGCGGAGUCUCUUCCAUUCGGGAACAUGGAACAACAACGUCUUCUCCAUGACGGCGGGUGUCGCUGCCACCAAGCUUUUGUCGAGAACGGCGCUUGAGAGGAACAAUGAGCUGGGGAACAAGCUUCGCGACGAGCUGCGUGAGGUGUUCGGCUCCAAGGAUGCGUCCAUUGUCAAGCUGACUGGCUAUGGGAGUGCGAUUGGCUUGCACUUCCAGGGCCCUUCGGCAGGUAAGUUGCAGGAUCUCUUCUUCUUUUACCUUCUCAGUAAGAGGAUAUACGUCGGACGUCGUGGAUUCCUUGCGCUGAACCUUACUCAUGGGGAAGAGCAUAUCAACAAGGUUCUGGAUGCGGUCAAGGACUUCUGCGCAGAAAUGUUGUAA